GGAAGAUGAACUCAUCUUGGAAUAUAGUCAUCAAUCGAAUGGAUGAUUAACUCGAUUCGAUGUUCAUUGAUUUAUCUGAGAUGGAGGAGUCGUGGCACCCAUCAUCAUGGGCGGACAAAUUGAUACGUGUGUUCAUAUUUGCGAUACUGAUGCUGAUACAGACCGAGCAAUCUCUGACAUCGAUUUCAUUUACGAGUAACAACAGUGGUGAUGCUGGGGACGGGACAUCGCCGCAUCUCUCCCGAAUUCGGCGGAAGGCGCUGAGAGCCGAAACAAGCUACUGGCCCAAUGCGAUCAUUCCAUAUGUCAUUGAUAGCUCAGUUUCCAAUAUAUCAACCACAGGCCAGGAUGUCAUCCUUUCCGCCAUGAAGCACUGGUCAAAAGAAACUUGUAUCAGGUUCGAGCAAUACGACAAGGCGAAACAUGGGAAAGACUUUCUGUCGAUCAAAGCAAAUAACUGGUGUGAAGCUCAGCUCGGCUGCCUGGGUGGAGAACAGCACGUUUUUGUCAAUGCAAAAUGUCUGACUCGCGGAAUCAUGAUUCAUGAGUUAGGACACACGGUGGGGUUCAUUCACGAACACAACAGACCUGACAGGGAUGAACAUGUCAUAAUACAGUGGGAAAAAAUCAAAGUGAAGCCUGAAGAUUACAUAAAGAAAAGCAAUAUGCUGAUCAACACCUUUGGGGUACCAUACGACUUCCGGUCCAUCAUGCAGUACAGAGCCAUAGGUGACGAACUCCUGGCAAAGGAUCCGAGGAAACAACACUUGAUGGGCCAAAGAAAGGAGCUGAGCUUCCGAGAUAAGAAACUGGCGAACCUGAUGUAUAAAUGUAAUAGAGACUGCCCAAAAAAUAUCAAGUGUAAACCACCAGGGUUUGUCAACUUCAGAUGCGAAUGUGUCUGUCCAGGGUCCAAUCCCUGUUCGACUCUUCCCGAGGCACUUGUUGAUAAAAAACGCACGACAAAUUGUAGUUGGAGUUACGGUAACGGCUUACUUGUCGACGUUCCCCCUCAAGAAGGACUAGGCAUCGGCGUACGAAGUUUCAUCGAGUGUAAAGUCCGCUGUGCUGAGGAGACGAAAUUUCAGUGUCUCUCUGUCCACUAUGAAGUUAUACAGCCUAACUCUUGGAUUGGUGCGACGCGGAUAUGUCACCUUCAACAGAAAGCAGGGCAACCGGGGAAGAUGAGGUUUAUUAGGAAGAGAAGGAUGUAUUAUAUGGAGGCGCCUGGUUGCAUACGGCGAGAGAGAUUCUGCGGUUGGGACAUCAAAGACGGCAUCGUAUUGUACCCAGAUGACGAACUUUCCAAGAUAAACUACAACGUGACGUUGAAUGAAUGCAAAAUUAACUGUUUAGAAGAAUCACAGUUUCUCUGUUCGUCAUUUAUGUAUCGCCGAACUAACAAGCUUAAUUCAGUGUGCAUACACACCCAUCGAACAGUGAGGACUGUGGUAAAACAAGAUUGGGGUCAAGUUCCUGGGGUGACUUACUAUGAAAGGGCACCAUGUCCAGUUAAACAUUCUAUGAUGAAAUGAAAAUCCCCUGGGGCAUUCGUCUAGAGAGCACAUGUCGGAAGUGGAAAAUGCAUACAAGGAACGCUAGAAUAUCGAAAAUGUUGAAUGUGAAUACUACGCUGAGGUAAAUGGUGCUGGGAUAAAGGGCUGAUGAUAAUGUCUCGAAAUUAUAGUCUCCGGCCUUUAAGAAUGCAGAUUUAUGUACGUAUAUGUACAUAUGGUGUAUUCCUGUUUCGCCUAUUCCUGUUCCGCCUAUACCUGUUUCGCCUAAUUCCUUAUUCGCCUAUUCCUGAUUCGCCUACUUCCUGUUUCGCCUAAUUCCUGUUUCACCUAUUCCUGUUUCGCCUAUUCAAAUGUAUUGCUAACCUCCCCACAGACGUAGGAAUAUGAACCGCCCCUUACUUUAGUGUUAAAGGCUAUCAUUAAGAAUAAAGUCUGAAAUAAUGGAUUUAGCGACAUGUCAAUUAUUUCAGUAUUCGGAAUAACUUUGGAAAGUUAUACAUAGCUUACAUAGGCUUAUGCUUUAGCUUAUUUUAAAAGGCAAGAAAUAAAAUAGUAAGUUUUACCCUUUCAUUAGAUUUGAGAAAGGUACUGUUGAAAAUUUGCAUUAAAGGUUUCCAGUAGUCGAAGAGCAAGAUUUAUAGCAAGGUUCAUAUUGAUAGUACGUGGAUAUGAACUGUCCUAAAGAAUUCACUAAUUCGAAUGAUAAUCCUUAAGUUUUGUUCUAUUUGUCAUUGUACUAUAUGCCCUUUGGUGCGACAAUAAUUGGUCUGAUGAAUGACGAUAUCGUCAUAAGCUGCACGUGAAAUCAUAUAUCAUGAUAUGUACAUAUAUAUUAUGACGUGGGUUUUACAGCUGAUUUUGAUCAAAUAAUUAUGAGAAUGUACAGUAUUAUGUAUUUUUAUCAAAAACUCAUGAAUUCCUGUUUUUAUAAAAUAAACGACUGCUUUACUCUACUUAAUCUAUUAGUUUUUACUGUGUGUCAGUAUGGUCCUAUGGUCAAAUAAGUCCCGGACUGU